CCCGAGCGCUAGUCGGCCAUUCGACCAAGGGAAAGCGCGACCGACGCGGGCGGCCAUCCCGCCUUGAGUCUGCUGGGGGCUGGCGCUGGACGUGGGCUAGCAGCGACAUAGUUGGUUCUAUGCUUUACGUCCAAACAUGUGGGUGGACGCCAUGGUACGACUUUCCAGAUUCGCUUGGGCUUUGCCUCGGGUGCGUAACGGGCAGACUCCAUGGCUGCUUCCGACAGCAUCGCCGCGGUUGAUGGAGCGCUGGGGGGUGCGGCGGCAGCCCGUGCAGCAAAACACACACACACACCGCCGCACCGAGUCGCGCCGGUGAUGCAUCGAUGUGGAAGAUGGAGAUGGAUGGUGAAGUGGCGUCGGUCGGUUCGUGUCACACGACCGAAUAUUUCGCAUGAGAAGUGCAGGUCGAACAUACUCCAAUCACGGCGCGUACGCCCUCUGGCCUUCCAACCCGACAGGAAACAGACUGGAUCGAGCCACUGGGUCCGGGUCGAAGGCAAACUCUUCGUGCGCUGUGCCCGUCCCAACGGCGUGCCAGACCGUCCCCUCGAUACGUCGCCAUCUGGCUCGACUGUGGUGGUGUCUCUGCUGUGUGCGCGUGCUUUGUCGGUGUUUCUGCUGCAUGCGCGACAACCCGCGCGAAGCGGGCACGUGGUCCGUCUGUGUCGACGCGAUGUAGGUGCAAAGCCUGCGUCAACCCCACAUCUUACUGUACGAUUUAAAACGUGAAACUCGAAUACCAACCUCAAUUACACCCCCGCGUGAUGCGCGUACGAGGGAGCACA